AACCGGCAACAACAAGACCCCCAGUAUUAGGACCUCUGCAUUCCUCCAACUCUUGGAACAUGUCGAAAAUGGCGCGGCUUGUCUCUAUAGGCGUAGCACACGCGAAAUUUGAAAGGACCGUCCUCAGGGAUUCACCGCACUACAUCAUCCACGUCGGUCCGCUGUCGUAGGCUAUAAUCGACAAGUUAUUUGAUACAAUCAUCACUCGUCUUGAUUCAACGGUCCAAGAAUAUUUCAAGGAAAUCAAGGAUGGGGUCUGAGAAAGUUGGGACUUCUCCACUCACGCCAGAACAAGCUGAGGAAGAUUUGAAGAGAUUCCAGGAACAACAGGAGGAAUACUUUUAUAAUACCAAGUUCGACGACUUUGGGAUCGUUUAUCGAUACGAGAAGAAUAUAUUACUGCGGUACUAUCCAAUCACUCCAGCGGCCAAGAAUACGCUAUUGAGGUUGUACAGUGCAAUUCCACUACCAGGCGCUUUCUCAGCGUACCAGGAAAUUUCCAAACGAGAGAACUCGCUUACGGAGGCAAUAACUAUCAAGGAAAUCGAUACGACCCACGAUGCUCGGAAAGGCGCCCGUGAUAUCCUUCAGGCGUUCGAGCCCUCCCCAGUUCGCCAAAAGGAGCUUCAUACGCAGUAA